CGGUUUGUGAUCAUUGCUCUGCGCUGCUCGCGCAUAGCUCGCGUGACCUCGAGAUAUAAACAUUACUACACGACGCUUACCACUACUAGUAGUACUGUAUUUUGCUUUAACGACCACUAAUGUAGUUUAGUCUCUGCACUCAAAGUAAAGCUUUAGUGAUGUUUGCUUGUGCAGUUACGCAGCGGUUACAUCACGGUCUGUGUCUGGGCUCAGUGCAAAGAUGUUCAACACUCUUCACCAGGGCUUGGGUCUCUCAGGCUCUCCGAAGUUGUUCAGAUGUUCCUGCAACCACGAACGACUUGAAUAAACCUAUAAAGCAAUGGGAAUUAUUAGUUAGUCCUUAUACAAAGGUUAGGUGUCAUUUAGGCUGCAAUAUAUCCAUAAAACCACUGGAUCCUCAUCAUUUUCCUGAAUCUGAUCGGGUAUUUAUUACUGUGCACGUGACAGAUGCGAAUCAAACUCUUAAUGUGAACAGAUUUCAUGUUCAUUAUGAUGAUCAAAGCAAUGAACUUCAGAUUUUGGACGAUGAGAUGGAUAGCAAUGUCACUGUUGAACUGACAGCACCUAUUAAAUGCGAUCUCCACAUCAAGACUAAAGACAAAGGCAACGUGAAGAUCCAGAAUAUGGAGAGUGACCUCUGCCACGUACUCACAGAGAGAGGACACUGUGUCCUAAAAUCUGUCAAGGGUCAUGAGGUUCAAGUUCAGUCCACAGGAGGAAAUGUCACUGGACUCAAGACCUUACAUGGGAAUGUAGAUAUCCGCACGUCUGGGGACAGUAAUAUCGAUAUUAAGAAAAUUCAGGGAACCACGAUGAACCUCUCCACAGAACACGGGGAUCUGAAAGUGAAGGCUAUCUAUGGCGAAUCCACCUCGAUGUCAACUUCCUCCGGGAACAUUCAGAUUGGCCAUGUACACGGUGAAGCUCUUGUACGCAGUGAAACGGGAAACAUCAUGAUUGACAGCUCAAGUGGUGCCCUAAAGGUGAUUACUGCUGCUGGAAACAUUGAUGCAUACGUGGGCCAAGACGGAAGUGCAGAACUUCACAGUCAACAAGGUGCUGUGAGUGUGCGUUUGCCCUCCACCAUGAAAACAGCAGUGCAGUUGUGUGGAACCUCUGUUAGCAUUAGCUCAGAGAUAGAAUGUCAAGAGACCGAACGUACUUCAGCUAAUGGGAAGACGACAGUCACGGCUCGUUUGAAUGGUGGCACGGAUGAAGAACGAUGGAUCAAAGCCACAGCUGAAAAAGGUGCUGUGAACCUGAGAAACCAGAGCUGGUUUGAGACUCUCAGACUUGGGGCUCAGAGUUAAACCCACUUCAGUGAAGGUUUAUGGAUCUUGUGUGUAUCUGUCUAAAAAGACUCACAAAACUGUGUCUUGACAUAAGAGUGGUGAAUGCAUCUAAAUGACAUGUUUGAAACAGAAUGCAUGUCAUUUUAUGGGUUGGGUUGUGGGUACGUCCUGCUGCGAAGAAUAAAGUAUGCAACCAAAGAUGUGCUUAUAAUGUAAAACUACCAGCGGUGGUCCUCAUGUUUUACACAAAUUGCAAAACGUCCAGUUAUGGUACACCAGAUUAGAUGCUAAAUAGUGCCUACAUGAUUGAAACAACUUUCCAAAAUAAAGAAAUAAACCAUUCAAUUUAAA